GUAUUAGUUUGUAUAUAGCUGUGACGUGUGAAGAGCAGAUAGCCCUCUUUAGCGUUGAUCUGAACAUUUUUCUGAGUAAAUAAUUUCGAAUUUCUUGAGGCUAUUGCAACGAAUGAAAUACCUCAAUCGGAUUGGAUAUCAAAUUAUGACAUACAAUUGAUACUCAAGUCUUUUGCAAGACUGAAAGGCUGUUAAGUGCUCGUUUAAAAUUGCUAUCACAGAUGCCAUACAUUCUGGUUAGGGGUAACCUUGCUUCGUAUAGUCACAGGUAUCCCUGGAGAGUCCUUGUCUCAGGUCUUAAAGCUGCUGACAUAGAACAGUUGACUCGGUUUGCUUCUGGAGGGUACUGUGACGACUCCACUAUCGUUUACCUACAACAUCCCUGCGUCGUUUUAACUGCAUUAGAAGUACUUGGUUACAAAGUUGUCGCAUCCUCAAGUACCAGUGUCAAACAGGACUACAAUGAGUACAUGUGGACUAUGAGAAAGGAUUUUGCUGAGCCUGAACCUGAGCCACCAAUUAAAACUGAAUGUACAAGUUUCAGGGAAACCAACAUGGCACAUCACAGCAAAGAACAUUCUUGCUCAUCUGAGGAGGUAUCAUCAAUUCGACAGACAUUCGCUCAAAUGGAGUUUGAGCGUGGGAUCUGGUUUGCAGCUCAACAAGAUUAUAUAAAUCGUGUCAAAUAUCUGCUAACGAAAGGAGCCCUUGUCGACAGAGUGGAUUCGGCCGGUUACACAGCCCUGCAUUACGCCGCUCGAAAUGGUCAUUAUUGGGUGUGUAAAUUACUAUUGGAUAACGGAGCGUACGUUAAUGCUAAAACCCGAGCAGGGAACGCCACUGCCCUUCACAGAGCAGCAACCCAAGGGCACAUUAGGAUCAUUGAAUACCUUCUGGAAUGCGGAGCAAAGACAAAUAUGAAAGAUGCUGAUGGUUACACUGCUCUACAUAGAGCAAUUAUAGCAGAUUCGAUUAGCGUGUGUCGAAUUUUAGUUCCUCUAACAGAUCUCAAAAUCACUGAUAAAUUGGGCCGUACACCUUUACAGCUAGCUACAGAAAAGGGAAAUGAGAAGAUCGUCAGUUUGAUCGAAGAACAUCAAUAGUAUGCAUAUGGCAAGAUAGUGGAAUUUCUAAUAUAUUUGAUUCAAUUAUAUUUCCAGGUAGAUGUUCGCGAUAUUUUAAGGAUAAGAAUGAGACUGUAUGUUUUUUCUGAAGAAUGUUUAUGUAGUUUGAAUUUUAAUAUGAUGUCUUGAGAGAUUA